GUUCAUAUGGCAUGGAAAAUAAUCUUCAUCCUACUCCUUUUGUUCUCCAUAACACUUACCCUAAUAAGACCCACAACUGCUAAAGUGAACCCUCUUUUCUUAAGCUCAACUUGUGACUACUCAAAGGGAAACUAUACUAAAAAUAGUCCCUACUAUUCAAAUCUCUUACAUACCUUUGCUAAUCUUAGCUCCCUCUCCGCUUUCAAUACUUUCUCCAACUUCACUUCAGGCUCGGGUGAGGAUGCCACAAACAAAAUUUACGCCUUAUAUGACUGUCGGCUUGACCUCACACUCCAAACAUGCCAGGAUUGCGUUAAAGAUGCCGGAAUAGAGCUGUUGCAGAGUUGCCCGUCGAAAGAGGCCAUAGCAAUAUAUGCGGAGUGCAUGUUACGGUAUGCAAACCGUCCGAUUGUUGCCAUGAUGGAGCUAACGCCCCCUCAAAUUAUAUGUGGGGUUGGGGUUACUAUGGCUGACGAAGGUGUGCUGAAUCGGACGAUUAAGCCGAUCUUCAAAGGGUUGAUAGAAGAAGCCACAUCAGAAAAUUCAUCGCGGUACUUUGCCACUGGAGAAGGGAGUUACUUUGAAUACCAGAAGGUAUAUUGUUUGGUGCAAUGUACUCCUGAUAUUAGUAGGGAUCAAUGCAAGAUGUGUCUAAUAAAAUGCCUUGAAUUAUACGCUUAAUUGCGCGAAUGGUAGCCAAUUACUAAGCGUAUCUAAUGUGCCAAGAUGUGUCUAAUGCGCGAAUGGUAGUACGUACACAAUAAAAAGUACUACUAGCCAUGUUCUUAUCACAAACAUAAAAUGAUCGAUUGAGAAAGUUAAGGAGACAUUAUACUUUUCUCAAAGCUUAUUUCAUAGAGGCGUAUGUACCAUGCAUGGUACAUACGUUUAAUUAAGAAAAAGCAGAAUAAACAUAUUAUAAAAUGUAAUGAACAUUUUGUUACAGUGAAAAGAACAUACUAUUAAAACGUAAUGAACAUAUACAUAGAGUGAAAAGAACAUACUAUUAAAAUAUAAUGAACAUAUACCUAGAGUAAAAACAACAUACUGUUAAAUAAUGUACU